GGUAUGAUGACAAUGAUUUUUUUCAUAUGUUCUGUGUCAAACUAGAGAUUGUUUUUUACUUUUUUGUUUUGAUUGGUAAACUGGUUAACCACAAUAAGCGGCUAAUGAUCUCAGCACGCACAAUCAUCACAGUUAAUUAAGCAAACGAAGUAAAGAAGUGAAUGUGUAGUGUUUCCUAAAGAAAAUUGAAUAUUCAAAAUACUACUUCAGGAUGUCUCAAAAAGCCGAACAUGUUGUUAAUUCCCUCAGGAAUACUUUUGAAACCGGAAAAACAAAAUCUGUUAACUUCCGAAUAAAACAGUUGAAAAACCUUGUGAAAAUGCUCGAUGAAAAUACACAAGCUAUCGCUGAUGCCUUAGGUCAAGAUCUCAGAAAAAGUAAAAUCGAAUCUAUUUUAAUGGAAGUUGAUGUUAUCAAGAACGAGAUUAAAUACAUAUUGAUGCAUAUCCAUGACUGGACAAAAGCUGAGAAACCCUCCAAGAGUUUGGCUAAUGCGUUGGAUUCCGUUUAUAUUUUGCAUGACCCUUAUGGAGUUGUCCUAAUCUUAGGUGCUUGGAAUUAUCCUCUGCAGCUUUCCCUUUCACCAGUAGCAGGUGCAAUUGCUGCAGGUAAUUGUGUUCUGUUAAAGCCCUCUGAAGUUGCACCAGCAACCUCGAAAUUUCUUGCUGAAUAUAUUCCCAAGUAUUUAGACACAGAAGCAUACCAGGUCUUUGAAGGAGGAGUACCUGAAACAACUGAAUUGUUAAAACAAAGGUUCGAUUACAUCUUGUACACUGGAUCUUCUGCAGUAGGAAAGAUUAUCUUAGAAGCAGCUGCCAAACACUUGACACCCGUCACUCUUGAACUGGGAGGUAAGAGUCCCGUUUAUUUGGAUAAAUCAGCAGAUCUGGAAGUUGCGGUCAAGCGAAUAUUAUGGGGAAAAUGUGCGAAUUCUGGACAGACCUGUAUUGCACCCGAUUACGUCCUCUGUUCCAAAGACAUUCAAGAUAAAGUUGUUAAAAUUGCUAAAAAAGUGAUAACGGAAUUCUUCGGAGAAAAUGUGAAAGCUUCUCCUGACUUCGGAAGAAUUAUUAAUGAUAGGCAUUUCAAAAGGAUUGUGGCGUUAUUGAAAGAUGCUAAUGUUGCUGUUGGAGGAGAAUACGAUCCCAGUGAAAGGUUCAUCUCCCCUACUGUUUUAACAAAUGUCAAACCCUCAGAUCCUGUUAUGCAAGAAGAAAUCUUUGGACCCAUUCUUCCAAUCGUUAACGUUGAAAGUGCCUACGAUGCCAUACAAUUUAUAAACUCAAGGGAAAAACCUCUUGCACUGUAUGUAUUCUCAAAUAACAAAAAGGAUGUUAAUCAAAUUCUAAACAAUACGUCAUCAGGUGGUGUAUGUGUCAAUGAUACAAUCAUGCACAUAGUAACCCUUAGUUUACCCUUUGGAGGUGUGGGCAACAGCGGUAUGGGACACUACCAUGGUAAAUACAGCUACGAGACAUUCGUACACAAGAAGAGCGUACUGCACAAGAAUUUGGGUUAUAUCGGAGAGCUGCUGAGUUCAGCUAAAUAUCCUCCUUAUACAACAGGCAAACUUAAGUACUUGCAACUACUGCUGACUCCUGGCUUGGACAUUCGUGGAAGAUUCAUGUCUCACUUGUUAACAUUCUGUUGUGGAGUAGCCUUUGCAUAUCUUUUAACAUAUGCAAAGCCUUUCCUUCCUUUUUAGUUCUUACCAAUUAUGUUAAAAUAAAAAAUCAUCACUGAAACGACUACUUUGUGUACCUAGUUUUUAUACUAACUCUGUUAUUGUCGUUAUUUAAUAUUUCGAACAGCUAUAACUUUGACCUUAAUGUAUGACUGAUUAAACCUUUUUGAAGAUAUGUUUAGAACUUAUUUGUACAUUAUUUUCAAUUAUCCAGUCGUCAGAGAUUUGACCUCUUAAAAUCAUACAACGAGCUAAAUUUUGCUGGAAAUAUCAAUUUUGGUUACCCAAAAAAUUUUUCAAAAAAGUUUAUCACUCUUACUCCCGGGCUUUUCCCUAAAAAAAUUUUAAAGGUUCAGUGGCAUUUUUCUCUCUGACGACUGGAGUAUUGAUUAAUUUAUUUAUACUAAAACUAAAGCAUCUUUUGGAUUUGGUAAUGCGUUUUUAGGUGUCUCUAUCCGAGUUACAUCAGUUUAAAAAAAAUGAAGAAAAUUGGUUCAUUGGAAGCCGAGAAAAUACCUUUUUUUACGUAUACCGAUUUUGAACUUUAAAAUUCAAUUUUCUUCGAGCUAAUUUAUUUGGUAUUUUUCAUGGGCAAUACCGAUGGUUUUUUUAUUAUAACAUGUUAUAAAUAUCUUAAAAAUAUGAAAAUUUUUAUCGAGAAAGGACUCUCAGAGAAAGAGGUAAUGGUUUACGGAUUUAUUAUCAGAUGUCGCUAUUGCAUCCCAUAUCGAAGCCAUUUUAGUGUUGCUUCUUAAAAGACAGAAAAUAUUGAUUUUUCACGUUGAGAACACCUAUGAAUAACUGUUCUGAUGAGACCUAUUAGGUUGAAAUACGUAUCACCAGAUACAUAGACGCUGUUUGCGUGAAAUCAAAUAUUUGCUGUCUUUUUCAUUGUAAUGGUUUAAAUAUUAUCGUCCUAUUGUUUAUAACUUGCAAAUGCCGGUCAACUUUGACCUGUUGUAUCUGAGGAACCACUGCUCGUGGUUCUCGUUUUUUUCUGUUAAGAAAGCGUCUUGUCGAGUCUUUUCCAAUGCCGUUUUCUGAAUUUAAUUUAAGCUAAUAGUUACCGAGUUAUUCUAUUUGUUUAUAUACCAAAUAAAACAUUCUUGAGGUUACCCAAAUAAUCCGAUUUAAAUUCUCUGAAGUAUGUUAGGUGUAGUGCUUUUUAUAAGCAUAACAAAUUAGCAAUCUUCUAUAUGGUCUAGUUAUUGUUGUGCAAGAUUUGAACUUCUUGACUUAAAAUAUGAUUUAGUUUGCCAAACUAUUUCCAUGUCAGACCUAUUCUUUGUUGUAUAUCAUUUGUUUGACUGUCUCUACUUAUUUUGAUAUCGUAUUCCAGAUAUUUGUAAUUGUAUGUUUGUUGUAUGGUAUUAUUGCAAAUAGUUUUAGUUUUAUCUUUAAUCCUACUCUUUCAGACUUUAAUACAAUGUCAUCAGCAAACCUCAUAUGACUUAAUCUUUCUCCAUCUAUAUUGAUGGCCAUAUCUUGCUAUUAAGUGUUUUUUAAAUAUUGACUGUAGAGCUGCCUUGAACAAUUUUAGUAAAAUAUUACUCCUCGACCCAAGCUGAAUGUUUUUGUGUUUCUGCUGAUUCUGAUUAGUGGCGUGUACCUGUAAUCUCUUCGGCUUUGUUUUAGUACAUACUUCCAAUACCCUUUUGAACUCUACAGAAUCAAAAGUUUUCUUGCAAUCAACAAAUGCAAGGGCCAGUGCUAUGUAGUGCUCGAUGUAUUUCUCAAUUAAUAUCUUUAAAAUAUGCAAAUGGUCAUUUGUGCGAUAUCCUGCUCUGAAGCCUCACUGUUCUUUGGGUUGACAGAAAUCAAGUUUCUCUUUGUUAUUAUUUUCAUAAAGAGUUUGUACAUAUGUGUCAAGAGGCUGGUGGAUUUAUAAUUUUCAAAUUUAGUAAUGUCAUUUUUUUAAAAAGAUUUUGGUAAAGCUGUUAUACAUUUUUAAUUUUUAAUGAAUUACUCUUAAAUAAAUUUAAUAAUAAUGCGCAUGCUGCUUCUGAAGUAAAGAAGGCAAGCUAAUAGGUGACUUACCAAGAAAAAUAGAGCGGUGGGCAGAAUACUUUGAGGAACUGCUGAACCCACAGGAAAAUACCAAUGAAAUGCAAUCACAAACCCGACCAAACCAAGCAAUAAUGAGGCCGAAAUAAAUGAACCAUCAGAUCAGGAGAUACAGGAAAUAAAUAAGAGUCCAGGAGAUAACGGUAUAACAGCAGAAAUAUUCAAGGAAGGCAGACAGCUAUUGCUCAAACGAAUAACCAACCUAAUAGAACGAAUUUGGAAAAAUGAAAAAUUACCACAAUGCUGGAAAAAUGCAUCCAUAUGUCCGAUCCGCACAAAGGGGUAUAAAAAACCAAUGCCGAAAUUGCUUUAGAGGAUGUAGCAUAUAAAAAAAUUUGCUUUAUUGAUAAGAAACCGACUAACAAAAUUUGAAUCUGAAAUAAUAGGUAAAUAUCAGAGAGUGUUUAGAAGAGGAAGGCCUACAAUUGAUCAGAAUUUUUACGAUCAAACAAAUAUUGCUAAACGAAAGUACAGACGAGGAAGACCAAAAACGAAGUGGUUAGAAGAGGUUAAAACCGAUGUAGAGUAAAGAGCCGUUAUACAUGUUAUAUAUAACAGCUCUUCUUCUACAAUGCCUUUGUUUCCCUGGCGAAGUCGGAUUGACUUCCAUUUCAGUCGUCAAAGGAAGGCCUCUUCACUUGAGUCUUCAUUUAUGAGAGCAUGUCUAUAUAUUCGUUAUAUACCUUUAUCAUAGUCAAUAUAAACUCACGUAUGUGAUAAAAACAAUACUUUCUCAAUUAUCGCCCAUCUUUGACUGGCGUUAUCACAUGGUAACAUUGAUAUUCACAUGUGUACCGGCAAAAUUCUUCUUCUUAAGGUGCCGUGCAUUUCUGCGUAGGCGCCCACCGUACAUCGUCUUGUCAGGUGAGAUGUUAAAUAUUCUGGAUUAAAUAAUUCUGUUUUUAGCAGCAUUGCGAAGCAUUUCAUAGCUGUGGAUUCCUGUCCAUUAUCGAAUAUUGCGCAGCCAUGACAUUUUUUU